CGCGUUUUGAAUUUAGGUGGAGUUCGAGAGAUUGGCAGUCAGAAUCAACUGGAUUUACUGUUAAACGAUUACAUGCAGAAAAUGAAAUAUUUCAUAGUGUUACGUGUUUUGUCGUCAAAGCGUUACGGGAAUUGGGUCAUUUAGCCUGCAAAUUCUGCGAUUAUAGUACGCCGUUUAAGUAAAGUUGUUCUUGCCGAGUGUUUACCUUUGCAAGGUUAGCUAGCCUGCGAGCUACCUGGCCACUACGCUGUUUUUGAGUACCUAACUUGGGGCCUGACUGCGCUUUCCUCUUGAUUUUGCAGCCGCCCUCCUCACCAUGGCGGACAGCAGUAUGGGCACUUUGGGCCGUGCGCGGAGUCUCCUGGUCGACUCGUCGGUAUACGACUCCAGGAUGGCCGAGACGUCCAAGGACCAGCAGGCGUUCCUGGGCUUGACACCCGAGGACGCGGCAGACUUGCUGCCGCUGCCUCAACUUCAAACCAGAGUGGUGCUCGUGGGAGACGCCUGCAACAACGAGCAACUUGUGAAAGCCCUGGAGGCCGUCAGAGUCAUGGAGGUCCUGGUGGUAAAGAUUAAAGGAGCAGAGCCCGGCUCGGAGGGGGAAAAGUUGAUAAAAUCGAUAGUCAAUAUGGACAUCCACACGCCCUGCCUAAAGACGGACGACGUGCGGGAGUUUGGGGACGGAGAGAACGCAGAGUUCGAGAGCGUGUUCGUCCUGACAGACUUCACGUCUCCGGACUACAGCUACCUGUACAAGAAGGACAACCGCAUCAUCGGCCCCCCAGUGCUGCUGCACUGCGCGGCCAGGGAGGAGCCCCUGCCCUUCUCCUCUCGGCCGCUCUUCUGCACGGCCAUGCUGAACCUGGCGCUCUGCUUCACCGGCUUCCGCAGGAAAGAGGAGGUGGUGAACCUGGUCAGUCUGGUCCACCACAUGGGAGGCACCAUCCGCAAGGACUUCAGUGCUAAAGUCACACACCUGAUCGCACACUCCACCCACGGGGAGAAAUACAGGCUGGCUGUCUGCAUGGGCACCCCCAUCCUCACCCCCCAGUGGAUCCACCAGGCCUGGGAGCGCCGGAAUGAGGUGAAUUUCAGUGCGGGAGACGAGGACUUCCGCACCGAGUUUAAGGUGCCGCCGUUCCAGGACUGUGUGCUGAGCUUCCUAGGCUUCUCCCCGGAGGAGAAGGCCAACAUGGAGGAGCGCACGCUAAAGCACGGUGGGCGGUACCUGGAGGCGGGUGAUGAGAAGUGCACUCACAUGGUGGUGGAGGAGAACUCCAUCAAAGAGCUGCCCUUUGCCCCAUCCAAACGGCUCUAUGUGGUGAAACAGGAGUGGUUCUGGGGCAGUAUUCAGAUGGAUGCCAGGGCAGGAGAGUCCAUGUACUUCUAUGAGAAGCCUGAGAGCCCGGUGAUGAAGAAGGCGGUGUCCCUCCUCUCCCUCACCACGCCCAACAGCACGCGUAAACGCCGCCGUCUGAGGGACACGCUGGCGCAGCUGGGCCGCGAGACCGAGAUCUCCCCCUUCCCCCCCCGCAAGCGCCAGUCCGCCGAACACUCGCUCUCCAUGGGCUCCCUGCUCGACAUCUCCAACACGCCCGACACCGCCAAGCUGGGAGACCACUCCAAGCCCUCGAAGAGCUCCACCCCCGCCCCCCUGAAGCAGUCUGCGAGGUGGCAGGUCUCCAAAGAGCUGUACCAGACCGAGAGCAACUACGUGGGCAUCCUGGCUACCGUCCUGCAGCUCUUUAAGUAUCCCCUGGAGAAGGAGGGGCAGGUGGGGGGGCCCAUUCUGGCUCCAGAGGAAGUAAAGACCAUAUUUGGCAGCAUCCCAGAGAUUUAUGAAGUUCAUACCAGGAUAAAGGCUGACCUGGAGGAGCUGGUGAUGGACUGGUCUGAGGAUAAGAGUGUGGGAGACAUCAUUCUGAAAUAUUCAAAGGAUUUAAUCAAAGCUUAUCCGCCGUUUGUCAACUUCUUUGAGAUGAGCAAGGAGACCAUCGUUCGCUGUGAGAAGCAGAAACCGCGAUUCCAUGCCUUCCUGAAGAUAAACCAGUCCAAACCGGAAUGCGGGAGGCAGACUCUGGUGGAGCUGUUGAUCCGUCCGGUCCAGAGGCUUCCGAGUGUCGCUCUCCUGCUGAACGACAUCAAGAAGCACACGACUGACGACAACCCUGACAAGGCCAUGCUGGAGAGGGCCAUCGAGUCUCUGCGGGAGGUCAUGACGCACAUAAACGAGGAUAAGCGGAAGACGGAGGGGCAGAAGCAGAUCUUUGACGUGGUGUACGAGGUGGACGGCUGCCCGGCCAAUCUGCUCUCCUCCCACCGCAGUCUGGUGCACCGUGUGGAGACCAUCGCCCUCGGAGACAAACCAUGUGACCGCGGCGAGCAUGUCACACUGUUCCUGUUCAACGACUGUCUGGAGGUUGCCAGGAAGAGGCACAAGGUGAUCAGCACGUUUAAGAGCCCUCAGGGCCAGGCCCGGCCCCCCGCCCCGCUCAAGCACAUCACCCUCAUGCCCCUGUCCCAGAUCCGCAGGGUGCUGGACCUGCAGGACACCGAAGACUGCAGGAGCGCGUUCGCCCUGGUGGUGCACCCUCCCACUGAACAGGAGAACCUGCUCUUCAGCUUCCAGCUCACCAGCGAGGAUCCUGGGAAAUCCGCCUGGCUGCGCACGCUGUGCCGCCACAUCGCCAACACCCUCUGCAAGGCCAACGCGGAGGACCUGAUCCAGUGCACAGAUCCGGACUCGGUCCAGGUCAGCACCAAGGACAUGAGAGCACCCUGAGCCGGGCCUCCCCGCGUCAUCAAGAAGACGUCCAAGAAGGUG